AUGUCGGAUUCCCCCCAAUCUCCUCCAAAGGACGUUGAGCCAGGUGUACAGUCACCCGACGAUGAAGCACAAAUGAACGACCCUCAGGACCCACACGGCUCUGGCCUUGCCUAUGAGUUCGAGGUAAAAGAGCAGGACAGGUGGUUGCCCAUAGCCAAUGCCGUGCAUCAGCAGAAGGCGUCCAUGUCUCACGAUUCGUCGUCUAAGUCGCCAGAAGCGCCUCGCGCUUCUAAAGCCGACAGGUAUGAUGUUUACGAUGCUAACAUACGAAACUUCGCUCCAGUUGCCCGGAUCAUGAAAACCGCACUACCCGAGAAUGCUAAGAUCGCAAAAGAAGCAAAGGAGUGUAUGCAGGAGUGCGUGAGCGAGUUCAUCUCCUUCAUUACCAGCGAAGCAUCGGAGAAAUGCCACCAGGAGAAAAGGAAAACCGUUAACGGCGAAGACAUCCUAUUCGCUAUGACGUCUCUGGGCUUCGAGAACUAUGCGGAAGCAUUGAAGAUCUACCUGUCUAAAUACCGAGAGCAGUCCCAGUCCAACCGGGGUGAAAACCAGCAGAACAGGCCGAACAGCCAGGGUUACGGAGCCAGCGCGCCGAGCGGAUCCGGUGCUGCUGGAACCUCGGGAUUUCAAGGAGGUGACGGGACGGGAGGCAUCGGCGAAUCAAGCGAAGGCUAUAUUUACGCCCAGCCUAGUCACAACGGCGCGGCCGGCGAGACCUAUUAA